AUGGCAGAACAACAACUAGGAGUGCUAAAGGCACUCGAUGUUGCAAAAACCCAACUUUACCAUUUCACGGCCAUUGUCAUCGCUGGUAUGGGUUUCUUUACUGAUGCCUACGAUCUCUUCUGCGUCUCCUUGGUGACCAAGCUUCUUGGCCGCCUCUACUACUUCAAUCCGUUGUCAGAAAAGCCUGGCUCACUUCCACCUCAUGUUGCAUCUGCGGUCAAUGGUGUGGCUCUAUGUGGGACCCUUGCUGGUCAGCUCUUCUUCGGAUGGCUCGGUGACAAACUCGGAAGGAAAAAAGUGUAUGGUAUCACUUUGAUCAUGAUGAUAUUGUGCUCUGUUGCUUCUGGUCUCUCCUUCGGUAACAAAGCUAAGGGUGUCAUGACCACUCUUUGCUUCUGCAGGUUUUGGCUUGGUUUUGGUAUUGGAGGUGACUACCCGCUUUCUGCCACCAUCAUGUCUGAAUAUGCAAACAAGAAGACUCGUGGAGCUUUCAUCGCUGCCGUGUUCGCCAUGCAAGGUGUAGGUAUCUUAGCUGGAGGUUUUGUGGCACUUGCCGUCUCUACCAUUUUCGACAAAAAUUUCCCAGCUCCGUCCUAUGCAGUCGACAGGGCUAUGUCGACGCCUCCCCAAGCAGAUUACAUUUGGCGAAUCAUUGUCAUGUUUGGUGCUCUACCCGCAGCCUUGACUUACUAUUGGCGUAUGAAGAUGCCCGAAACUGCUCGUUACACCGCAUUGGUGGCCAAGAACAUUAGGCAGGCCACACAAGACAUGUCCAAGGUCUUACAAGUGGAUCUUGAUAUGGAGGAAAGAGCAGAGGAUAUCAUGAAAGACCCUAGACUUAACUAUCCCUUGUUCUCCAAGGAAUUCGCUAAACGUCAUGGUCUUCCUUUGCUUGGAUGUACAUCCACUUGGUUCUUUCUUGACAUUGCCUUCUACAGCCAAAACUUGUUCCAAAAAGAUAUUUUUUCGGCUAUCGGUUGGAUCCCUAAGGCAGAAACUAUGAACGGAAUUCACGAGGUUUUCAUGAUUGCUAGGGCACAAACUCUCAUAGCACUUUGCAGUACCGUACCCGGCUAUUGGUUCACAGUUGCGUUUAUUGAAACUAUGGGAAGAGUUGCUAUCCAGCUGAUGGGAUUCUUCAUGAUGACUGUCUUUAUGUUUGCCAUUGCCUUUCCUUACGACCACUGGAUCAAACCAGAUCACCGUAUUGGAUUUUUGGUUAUGUACUCCCUCACAUUCUUCUUCGCCAACUUUGGACCAAACGCAACCACCUUUAUUGUACCCGCUGAAAUAUUCCCGGCUAGGCUAAGGUCCACAUGCCAUGGUAUAUCAGCUGCUACUGGUAAGGCUGGAGCUAUUGUAGGAGCUUUUGGGUUCUUAUACUUAGCUCAGUCCCAAGACAAGAACGAAACGGAUGCAGGAUAUCCACCGGGGAUUGGAGUCAAGAAUUCUCUCAUCUUGCUUGGUGUCAUUAACUUCGUUGGUAUGCUUUUCACUUUUCUUAUCCCUGAGCCCAAGGGUAAGUCUCUUGAAGAGCUCUCCGGUGAAACUGAAGUCAGGAAAUCACUAGGCUUGCAUAAUGUCAUAUUUUCUACCAGUUCAUGUUAA